AUAUAUAUGUAUAUAUAUAUGCAUCUUUAGUAUACAUCUUUCGAAUUUUUUCAAAUUUAUCUUUCGAUGUGACUAUGUCGGAGAUUAAAGAUGAUCCACGUGAAGUUCUCGUUCUUCUGAAUUCAUUAGGAUUUGUCGGCAUUACUGCGACUCAAUUAAAAGCUUUUAUGAAAGACUUAAAGAUUUAUAGAAAGAUAAAAGAACGUGAAAGACAACAAAGAAAAGAAGAGAUUAAAACAAAAAUAAUCAACAAACAACAAGCUCUAUUCAAAGAAACUCAUAAUAUUGAAUAUUCCUCGAAUAAUAUUGUUGCUUCUGAAUCUUCAAAUUCCCUUGAUGAUGAGUCAGUAGUGAAAGUUAGAGUAAGAUGUCUUCCUAAGAAGGAUAUACAAAAUCGAAAACACUUUAUAACAGCCCCAACAAAAUCAGAUGAGAAAUCAAAAAUAGAAUAUGACAAGGAAGAUUUUGUUCAAAUAGCUGAGUAUGAUAGCACUUGUGAACAAAAUUAUUUUAAUACUAAAUAUUCAAUUAGAGACUCAAAACAUGGAAAGCAAAAUAUCUCCAAAUGUUUAGUAAAAAAUAGUCAUUUGGACGAAAGAUGUAAGCAAAAUUUAAAAAUAGAACAGAUGAAACCAAUGACUUUAAUACACGAACAUACAAGUGCACCUGUUUUAUCGAAUCAUGAAAGCAAAUUGGGAUCGAGGAGUGUUAUAUCAGAUGUGACUGGAAAUAUACGUGUACGAAGUGCCUUAUCUGCAAGAUCAUCUAUUAAUUCUGGACAUAAAUCAUGUAAGCUAUGUGUAUAUGUAUUUGUGUAG